AUGGUGACGCAUAACGACAAUCUCAUGACUCAACAAUGUACAGUUGGCAAACUUUUAUUGGUCGAAUUAACAAAUGUGGGUUUACAGGUUGUUGAAUUGAAAAUCAAUGUAGAAACUGAGAAAACGAUGAUGAGCGCAAAUAAUCUUCCAAAAGUAAUGGAUACCGAACGUGAAUCAGACUAUGGCUAUGUCUUUGGAGUCUCAGGUCCAGUUGUUGUUGCUAAUUAUAUGGCCGGGGCAUCCAUUAAUGAGCUAGUUCGAGUUGGUCAUGAGGAAUUGGUCGGAGAAGUUAUUCGUCUAGAAAAUGAUUUAGCAACAAUUCAAGUUUACGAAGAAACAUCGGGCUUGAUGGUUGGUGAUCCAGUUUUACGAACAGGUAAACCAUUAUCAGUUGAACUUGGCCCUGGUAUUAUGAGAAGUAUCUUCGACGGUAUCCAGCGACCUCUUGAAACUAUCUAUGAUCAUACUAACAGUAUUUAUAUUCCACGUGGCAUCAACGUUCCUGCAUUAAAUCGAUCUACUUUAUGGUGUUUCAAGCCUGACCAGCGUCUUCGAAUUGGUAGUCAUAUCACUGGUGGCGAUAUAUUCGGUAGAGUAACAGAAAAUAAACUAAUAGAACAUCGAAUCAUGCUCCAUCCAAAAGCAAGAGGCACCAUAACAUACAUUGCACCGGAAGGAAACUACACACUUGAAGAUGUUGUUCUUGAAACAGAAUUUGACGGAACGAAAACGAAACAUACAAUGCUGCAAGUAUGGCCUGUUCGACGCAUGCGACCAGUCGCAGAAUAUCUCCAACCGAAUAAUCCGCUAUUGACAGGUCAACGUAUACUAGAUGCUUUAUUUCCAUGCGUGCAGGGUGGCACAACAGCUAUUCCUGGCGCAUUCGGUUGUGGGAAAACUGUCAUCUCUCAGUCACUUUCAAAAUUCUCUAAUAGCGAUGCUAUUGUUUACGUGGGCUGUGGUGAACGUGGAAAUGAAAUGGCGGAAGUACUACGCGAUUUCCCUAAAUUAAAAAUGGAAGUUGAAGGCAAAGACGUAUCAAUUAUGGAGCGAACAACAUUAGUUGCGAACACGUCAAACAUGCCUGUAGCAGCUCGUGAAGCAUCGAUUUAUACAGGGAUAACGUUAGCGGAAUAUUUUCGCGAUAUGGGCUACAAUGUUGCAAUGAUGGCUGAUUCAACAUCACGCUGGGCUGAAGCUUUGCGUGAAAUAUCGGGUCGUUUAGCUGAAAUGCCUGCGGAAGCAGGUUUUCCCGCUUAUUUAGGCACUCGUUUAGCUUCGUUUUAUGAACGUGCUGGUCGUGUUCGAUGUUUAGGUAACCCAGUGCGCGAAGGUUCUGUGACUAUCAUCGGAGCCGUCUCUCCACCUGGUGGCGAUUUCUCUGAUCCAGUGACCAUACAAACGCUGAACGUCGUCCAGGUCUUCUGGGGUUUGGAUAGAAAACUAGCGCAACGUAAACAUUUUCCCUCAGUGAACUGGCUCUCGUCAUACAGUAAAUGUGCGUUCGUACUGGAUGAGUAUUAUGAGAAGAAGUUUCCAGAAUUUCUACCAUUACGGGCUAAAUGUAAGGAAAUCUUGCAAAAUGAAGAAGACCUGUCGGAUUUAGUACAGCUCGUGGGCAAGGCUUCAUUAGCCGAAACAGACAAAAUAACACUCGAAGUCGCACGAAUGAUCAAAGAGGACUUUCUUCAACAAGAUAGUUGCUCAUCUCAUGACAAAUAUUGCCCAUUUUAUAAAUGUGUCGCAAUGCUUCGAAAUCUAAUCACUUUUUACGAAUUAGCUCGACAUCUUGUUGAGACAACAUCACAUUCCGAAAACAAAGUUACAUUCAACGAUAUUAAAACUAAUCUGAGUGAUAUUCUUCAUCAAUUAGCUGGUAUGAAAUUCAAGGAUCCAACAAAAGAUAGCGAACAAAAGAUUAGCGAUGAUCUUGAAGAACUUCAUGAACGUAUACAAGCAGCCUUUAGAGACAUGGGCGAAGAUGCAGAUUAA